CAUGCACAUUUUUAACGAAACUAUUGUCAACAACAGGCAUCAUUCGGUGAUGCCAAAAAGGAUCGUCUGCAGAAAAGUGAAGCAUACCGGUUUCUGCUAAAUCGUGUAAGAAAACAGAGCAACACGGAACAGGUGGCAGUUUUCCCGGCAAAAAGACACCGGUCCAGCGAGUCUCCCAUCUCGAGCAGCGGUGCAGGUUGGUGGUGUGAGGCAAGCUUACUCGGCACGAACAAGUGGUGGCGGCCGCGAUGCAAACCACGAUGGACGGCGAGGGAUGCGAUGAGACGCUAACGACGUACGGGAUGAGUUCGUCUACCGCGAUCGGCUCAAGCCGGCUGAGCUUCGAAAACAGUGCCUCGUUUGAGCUGAGCCGUAAGAAACGCCGCAUAUCCGGCCCGGGUUGUGAUAGGACCACCGAUACGAUGUACGAAGGGAACGUUAGUGGCGAUUCGUUUUCGACAACUGCGACCGGCUACACCACCACGAUGCAGGUGGCCCAAAGCCCGUGGGAGACGCGUCGUAUAAAGGCCGAUCUGAUCGAGGCACGCUCAAGGAUAACGUUCCUUAAGAAGGAAAUUGAACACCUCAACACGGAAAUGGCAACGACGCAGCUGCGCAACCAGCACAAAAUAUCCUCGCUCGAGAAGGAGCUAGGCUUCAGCGGGCAGAAGGUGACCGAUCUCGAGAAGCACCUGCAGCUCGUCCGCAAGCGCGAACACGUGGCCAAGCAGGACCUGAACAAAGUGCGCACCCAGCUCCAGCAGCUCAAAACCGAAGCCGACGGGCGGCAGUUCGAGCUGCGGCAAGCGCUGCAGCGGCUGGAGCAGAAGUACGAUUCGGACACCGGCGAGCUGAACACGGAAAUACGCGACCUCACCACCCAGGUGAACGACCUCGAGCAGCAGCUGACGCUCGCGCAGGACGAGCUGGACACGACGCGCGAAAUCAACGACACGCUCCAGAGCAAGGCGGACGCGUACGAUCAAACGAAGCGCGAGCUGGAAGCGACGCAAGACCGGCUGGCGGAGGCGGAAUCGCGCGUGAAAACGCUCGAGUACGAGGUGGGCAGCUACGAGGACUGGAAAAGCCUGUCGAAGGUGUCGGCCGACCGGCUGGCGAACACCACCGAGCUCGAGAAGGAGACCGUGCGGCUGAAGGACCAGCUGAAGAACCUGCAGAGCCUGAUCGGCGACAAGCUGCUGCUCGAGGAGCAGGUGGCCAGCUCGCAGGCACGGCUGAAGGAUCUCGAGCAGAAGGAUGCGCUUUCGGCGGCGCUGGAGGUGCGCGUGAAGGAGCUGGAGCGGGAGCUGGUCGAGUGGCGCCAGCUCGGCAAGGACUACACGCCCAAGGAGAGCCUGGUGAGCGCGAAAACGGUGCGCAACCGCAUCGAGCAGAUCCUGCAGAAGGAUCUGGUGCUGGCGAACGAGCAGUCGUCGGUGCAGACGGAGAAGCACCAGAUACAGGGGCGCAUCGAGGAGCUGCAGUCGGAGAAUGCGCUGCUGAACGGGCGGCUCGCCGACUACAAGCGGGCCCAGGAAGGUUUGCAGAGCAUCGUGCAUCGGGCGCAGAAGAAGCUUAACCUGGUGACGGGCGAGCGGGACUAUCUGAAGCAGCUGCUGGAAAGCUACGAGAAUGAUCUUACGAUUAGCCAUUCCGUCGUGGGCAGUGAGGCGGACAAGAAGCAGCUAAGGGCACGGAUCGAAAUGCUGGAAAAGACGCUGACCGGGUACAAGGAUCUGUGCCAGAAGCAGGAGGCCGAUCUGCAAGCGAACAAAGUGUUGCCCGAUAUCAGCUUCGUACUAACGUCCGAGCAGUACGAGAAGCUGCGCAAAGAGAUCGACGAGCUGCGGCUGGAGAAUGAGCGCCUGAAGCGGCGCAAGGACGAGCUGGAGGUGGAGGUAGAAAACCGAACGCUAAGGGCACAGAUAAACCGCCCGUGCCCGACCCAAACGACGAAGCUGGUGCGCUACAUCAACAGCCCGGCGACGGAAGAUAUCGUGGCGGAGCAUAACACGAAGCUGAAGCUGAUGGCCGAAAUCGAGCGGCUGAAGCUGCACAUACAGCGGCUGCAGGAAACGAACCAAGAUCUGACCGAGUGUCUGCACAACACGGACGAGACGGGCAACAUGACGAUGAAGAUAAAGGAGUCGGUCGACCUGCGGAUGCAGCUGAAGGAGCUGCAGGCCAAGUACGACCAGCGGAAGGAGCUGUACCAGCAGUCGUCGGAAGACUUCCGCACCGUGGUGAAUCUGCUGUUCGGCUUCAAGAUUGACCGCAUCAGCGGUAGCUACUUCCAGCUGCGCAGCCAGUACGCGGAAAGCCCGGACGAGUACCUGAACUUUGCGCUCGCACCGGACGGCAGUGUGCUGACGCUGCUCGAAUCGGACUAUGCCGCGUCGCUGCGGGAUCUGGUCGAGACGCAGUUUAAAACGCACAACUCGGUGCCCGUCUUUCUCAGUUCGCUCACGCUCGAGCUGUUCAAUCGGACCACCAUGACGGUGCAGUACUGUAACGCCGAGUGAAUGAAGGGAAUAAGAGGCUGGUCCAGCCAAACUGCUAUCAGAGAUCAUUCAUAAGACACCCACCCGAAACGUCAAGCAAAACAGAAAAAAUAGUCACCAGACUCCCGUUAUCGAGACCGUUUGAUGGCUCCAAACAAGGACACACAGUUCAGUGCACCCUUCUUCCACGCAUCUAUCUAGAAUGGUCUGGAAAGUCGCAUUGCUGCUGGCUUGCCGUUUCACUUAAAUUUCUUAAACGUUCCCCCCCCCCCGCCCAAAAGUCAUAUUAAUUUUACUGGAUUAAAGUAGGCACUGUGUAGAAGGCUAUGCAAUACCGCAUAGAGAAAGAGAGAGAGAGAGAGCCGGGUAAGAAGCAUCUCGUCGUAACUGUCCAGUCAUUUAAUUAGGAGAAAAUGUGUAGUGAAGGUGGCUUUUGUUGAACUGUGUUGAAGCCGAUUUUUUUUAUUUUAAACUAGAAAGUGUGGAACAUUGGGUGGUGUGCAGUGCAGCAUUUUGUUUUGUUGUGUACAUUACAAAUUGAAUCAAGCAAAAAACAGCAAUUCUAGUAGCUAGAAGGCAAGAAGGGUAUAACGAGGUUUCCCCACGAUGAUACCAAGAUUGUAAAGAUUUAAUAAUUAAAACAGUAAGGUAAAUGGUAUAAACCAAUCUAAUAAAACGAAUCACAGGAAGGUGUAGGCAACUCGGCUACCAAAAUAAUAAUGCAAAACAGUAAAAACUGUUUCUUCUAACGGUCAUUAAUUUCGGAUGACUGCCGGACAAAGUGAGAAGGAAGGAUUAUGUGCCUGCGCGCAGUGUUUUGUAGUACAUCACAUUUUUCAGCUUUUAUUUUGGGUAUCGGUUUUUCGAUCAUGUCGACAAUCAAGAACUCAAGUACCGCUUCCCAGUGUGGGCGGCAACGCAACCGGAAGAGAGCCACCGUUUUACAAAAACGACAACCCCGGUGCACACCGGAGAGUUCAUUCUGUCAGGCGACGAAGAAGUCAACUAGAGCGGCAAUCCAGCUUUGCAAGACGAGUAGAGUUGGUAAGUAGCACUGUUACUUACUCAUUUUGCUCCAUUUUAAUCCCUUUUCUAUUUGAGCUUCAUGCAUAAUUGAUUUGCCUGAUUCCGCUUUACUCAAGUUUUAUGAUGGAGUAAUUAUUAUUAAACUAAGUUGUUUAUUUUCCCAACCAAAACAUUUUCACAUAAUUAGUAUUCAUUGAAAGCCCUUUACCAGCUGUUACAAGUUCAGUUAAGAUAAACCAGGCAAACCUAACCUAACCUAACCUGUACGCCCUAAGCAAAUGAUUAGUUGACUUAGAAUGUGAUCUGUGUUCUGCACCGUCUACCAUCCUUGCGUGUCCUUCCAGCACAAUUUGACAAUUCUUUUAACAUACCCAAUCCAAUCUUGUACUCACUGCUCCGAUGCUACUGCUCUUCCUACACCACCUGUUUGGUUUGGUUUAGUGAUGACUAUUGACUUAUCCCUUUCCUAUCCCUUACUAAUGUGCGGUUUAAUGUGUUUGUGGUUAGUUGGUUUUACAAUCUUUUACUUGUCGUUUUGUUUUGUUCUUUUUUUUUUUGGUAUAUCGUUUCGUUUUUAAAAAUGGGCGGCGGUGCAUUCGAAGAAGUGUGCUCUGUCUUGCAUACAGUACAGUCCGGCUAAUCGGGAUAUUCAAAGAUUGAGAGAGAGAUACAGUGUGUGAUAAAAGUUUAUGGCCAGUGUUUUGUGCACCAUUUGGUUUUUUGGUUAUUAGCACUACCAUUUUUACGGAAGGAAUUAUUUGGAAAUGUUUGAAAACGAGGGCAAACCCGUCCAUUUGUUGGUGCACAGAAAAAUAUUUGUUUUUGAAAGGAAGCUCUACUAACAUCCUUUUACACUGCACUGGGAAUACACAUUCGAAGGGAAGAAGUUGUGCCUGCAUCCCGUCCAGUCGUGUGUGUGUGUGGAUUAUACAAAGGGAAGAUGUACGGAAAAUUGUUGCCCGAGCAAUCUCGUGUAAAUAUAUGUUGACAGGGAUAGAUUUUCCGUUAAAUAGCAAUAUAUUGUAUAUAUGCGUGUUUGUGUAUACCCUACAGUAAUAUAUAGCUUUCUUUUACGGACUCUUUUAUCUUGCUUUCACUCUCUUUCUCUCUCUCUCACACACACAAAUACGCAGACACGUCCUAUCGUCUGCUUUCUCAAGUGAACAAUUGUUUGAUUAUACGUUUUCUUUUCCUUCCCUAGGUCAGAUCUUUUUCUUUCACAUUCGUUUGUGUUGUUGUG